GGGCGGGGCUCUGAGGCCAUGAGGCUGAGAGGAGGCAGGGACCUGGAGCAUCCCCCCGUUGCCUGGUUACCCACCGGUGUCCUGGGCGUGCGGAGCGUCCGGCUCAGGCUGCGGCUGGAUCGCCGUGACGACCAAGGGCGCGGCUGUUGGCACCUGGUCGACCUGGAGAGCGAGGCGGAGAGCGAGCCCAUUGGGCGGCGACUGCGGGACAGAGCCCCGCCCACCUGCUCCAACAGUCUGAUGAGUAUCCAGUCUGAGGCUUCAGAGAUGCAGUCCCCUCUCAUUACCCCCGCCUUUGUGGGGGGCCCCAGUGGAAAGGUACCAGGGCGGAAAAGAGGUCGCCCCCCCAUACGCAAGCUGGAGUUCCAGAGCCACUACCCAGAGCCCCUGUCAUCCCCCAAAGUGCCCAAGAAGAGAGGCAGGAAGCCUGGCUUCAAGCUGAAACCGAGGAUGGUGAUGACAUCGUUGGCCAACUCCCCGACCAGCAGCACGCCAGAGCCAGACAUGAGCUCCAUCCCCCAGGACGCUGCUACUGUCCCCCACUCUGCCACCCCACAGGUCCUCACAGCAGAGACCUCGAUGCCUGAGGACUUCCUGUGCGAUCCGGUGGACUCCAAACGCUAUGCGGUCGACCCCAGCGACUCUGCCUUUAGCGUCAUGGCAACACCCUUUCCACCCAAGCACACCUAUGGUUACCGUGGCAGCAAUGGAGGCUCUGCCCCUCUGGGCAUGUGCAGACAAGCGUCCAGCCCCGCCUACAACCCAUCCCAGGAGGCAGGGGAGGGCAAGCGGCCCCCCAGCAAGGACCCAUCCAGCUGGGGUGUGGAUCAGGUGGUGUGGUUCAUCAAGGAUGCAGACCCCCAGGCCCUUGGGCCCCACGCUGAGGCCUUCAGGAAACACGAGAUUGAUGGCCACGCCUUGCUGCUGCUGAAGAGUGACAUGAUGAUGAAGUACCUUGGGCUGAAGCUGGGUCCUGCACUCAAGCUGUCCUACCACAUCGACAGGCUCAGACAGAACCGGUUCUGACCCGCACAGGUCCGGUGCUGCUCCUGACCCUUACUGACAGGCUCAAACAAAAAGCCCCUCUGAUCUAAAUGAUGGCAGCCACUUCAAACUAUGGCUUUGUUCGAACUGAACGGACUCACAUUCACAGACAUUUCUGACUCCUGAUCGACAAGCAUUGAUCCAUUCUGAGACGCUUGUGGUUCCUAUCUCCGAUGAAACCACUUUUUAUCUGCAUUGAACUGUUUCACUGGGACUCAGUUACCGACAACAGGCCGUGACGUCAACGAGGUUCUAUCUUCACUGGCUGGCUCACCAGAUCCAGUUCAUCUCACCGUUGUUUUAUAUGAGACCGGGGCUCUGAAUGUUCUACACAGAAACUCACAAUGGGUUUUUUAUGCAGAUGUUUUUUGUUUACAAAGACAAACUGGUGAUAUUUUAACAAUGUACGGUUCUGCUAGAUUUCCAUGGCACCUACACAGCAGUCUAAACUGCUCCUCAGACCACGAAUGAACAUUGUUGUACUGUGUUGAACUUGUGGUUAACUAUUAAGGACCUUUCUUCAAACUGUGACCCAAAGGGAGACCUGAUCCCCAUCCACCUCCAAUCAAACAUAGUAACAAGGUGCUCAGCCAAUAAGCAUUACCUCAACAGGGGGCUCAACCAAUCACAGGGCUGGAAUGGGGUUGCCGGGUGUGUUUUCUACUCCUCAGUAGCCUGAGUGGUACAGUAGCAGUUCUUGUCUGGCCAAAGUAAACGGAGGUAAAAGGCACAUCUCUGACCAUUUGGGCUACCCUGGUUUGCUAAAGAAGGACACCGGCAGUGUCCGUGUCCAGCAAUGUAGCUUUCAUACAGUAUCAGACUGUACAUCUUGCUGUGCUCAUGACCUCUACUACAUUUUACACAUCAGCACCAUCUUGACUUUCAGUUCCUGUUGAACUUACUAUCUUAAUAUUUUUCACAGCCGUCUAAUUUUCGGUGGCGCAAGACUUAAACUUAUAACUCCUGGAAAGAUAUCCCCAGAAAAACCCCUGUGUCAUUUCAACUUGUAUGAGCAGUAGAUAAUGUUGUAUACACAGCCAUUGAAAACAACCAACACUCUUAUCACGUCAACAUCAUUAUGUAUGCUAUAUCUAUAAUAAUAUGCUGUAGUGUCUGUUACACAGCGAAACGCUUGUUAAUUGCCCUCUAUGACCUUUGCCUCAAUGCAACCUAUUUGGGUCUGCUGUAAAAUAUGUAGUCGUACAUAACUGGCAACCUUUCUUUUUUGUCUAUUUGCUGUGGCUUGUGUGUAAAUAAGGAUGCUGAUUUUCAAGAUUGUGUUUCAACGUAUUAUCACCGCAUAAAAGUGGGUCGAGUGUUGAUGAGUGUCUACCCUCUGUUUUGUCCUUCCUUAACCCCACCCACUGACCUGUCUUGAACAGAUAGAUAACAUGAUAGAAAACCGCUGUCAAAUGUGCUCUCAGUUUGGGUCUCGUGUGCAGGUGAAGGAAAGUGGGUUAUUUUGUACUUUUUUUAUACUGCAGAGCUGCAAGUCUGCUAAGAGGUCAAUAAAACACAAGGGAGCCUUAUGAAAUGAGACCUAAAUAAAACAGUGAUACCAACAGAU